AUGGCCAAGAAGGGAGGAAAGAACAAGAAGAAGGGGGGCGCUAAGCCCGCCGCGGCCGCUGCUGUUGACAAGGUCGUUGAUACUGCGAAGACUGUUGUUCAGCCUGGCCACGAGACCGAGGACAAGGUUAUGUACGGAGAUGGCAAGAUGCAGUCUGCUGAGAAGACAGAAGCGUCCACCGACUUCAAGGCCGAAGAGACCCCUGUCGCACCCGUGACCGAGACCAAGGAGGCCGAGGAGGAGACUGAGGCCGCGCCGGUCGUGCCAGAAUCCGCGGACAAGGCGCAUGCUACCAACGCCGGUAUCGUCGGCGAACUCGAUGGCGGCAACAAGGAGGACAAGACUGUCCUGCCCGAGAGCAGUGUCAAGGACACCGCACCCGGUGCUGAGGUCUAUCCCUCCACCACUGAGCCUUCUGCCGAAGAAUCUGCCACCUCGACCGCUGCGACCACUGGCGCCGCUGCCACAACAUCCCUGCCUGAGCGCCCCAAGACCGAGACGACCGCCCCCGCCGCUGUCCCGGUGGAGACCGAUGCCGCGCACACGAAGCGCCCGUACGAGAAGCCCAUCUUCUCCAACGAUGAGGUGAAACCGCACAAAAUGGCCAAGACCGAGGAGGAGCAGGCUGCUGUCAGCCUAGCUGCUGGACAGAACUUGGCUGGUGCUGGUCCUGCUGCGAUGGCGGCGUACACUACUCCCGAGCCCGUUCCCGCCGUCGAGGCGCCCAAGAAGGCCGAGGAGACCACCGCUGCUGAGACCAUUCCUCAGACCACCGCUGCUGAGACCAUUCCUCAGACCACCGCUGUUGAGACCAUCCCUCAGACCACCGCCGUUGAGACCAUUCCUCAGACCACCGCUGUUGAGACCAUUCCUCAGACCACCGCUGUUGAGACCACCCCCAAGACCACCGCUGUGGAGAGCACCCCCAAGACUACCGCCAUUGAGACCAUUCCUCAGACCACUGCUGCUGAGACCAUUCCUCAGGCCACCGCUGUUGAGACCAUUCCUCAGACCACCGCUGUUGAGACCAUCCCUCAGACCACCGCUGUGGAGAGCACCCCCAAGACCACCGCUGCUGAGAGCAAACCUCUUGAGAGCAAGCCUAUUGACACCAAGACUGCCCAUAGUAAGCCCGUUGAGUGCAAGCCUAUCGACACGAAGACUGCCCAAAGCAAGACCGGCAGCAAGUCUCCUGCCUCGCCUGUCGCAGUGGCUGCGGCUAGCGCGGCCAUAUACAACUCCAAGACCGACAAGGCUGCGGCCGAGUCAGCGGAGCUGAAGAAGCCUGAAGCAGCCCUCAAGCGCGGCGAAGAGCCCCUGCCCCGAACUGAGGCUCCCAAGGAGACUCCCGCGAUGGAAACUCCUGCCACAGAGUCCGCUCAGCAGGAGCCUGCCAAGGCACAUGAGGCCCAGACUUCCGAAACAGCAGAGCAGUCGGAGAAGAAGAAAGGUGGCUUCUUCGGGUGGCUGAAGCGGAAGUUCAAGUAG